AUGCGAUCAAAUGGAUAUCGAAGAAGAACAAGGAGACUCUUCAAGAAGGACAAGAAGGAGCAUGGGAAGCCAACACUCUCCAAAACACUGCAACAAUUCAAAGUAGGUGAUCUUGUUGACAUCAAGGUAGAUCCAUCCGUAGUAAAGGGAAUGCCUCAUAAAUACUACCACGGUAAGACUGGAAAGGUGUACAACGUAAACAAGAGGGCUGUUGGAGUGGUUCUGUACAGGAACAUUGGUCCAAAGAUGAUUGAGAGAUUCAUAAACGUGAGAGUGGAGCACCUGACGAAGUCGAGAUCCAACGAGGACACCAAGAGAAGAUACGCGGAGUACAGGAAGCAGCUGGAAGAGGCACGAGCAGCAGGAAAGGAGUGCAAGGCGGCAAAGAGGCAGCCAACUGGUCCAAGACAGGCUGUAACUGUUUCACUAACUAAUAAUACGCCUAUUGAAAUGAGGGUGCAAAAAUAUUAUUCAGUGUUCUGA